UCCUGGCUAAGCUUUCCUCCCUAUAUAAACCACCACCGCUAGCAAUCAGAAAACAUGUCUAAACAAAUUACAAGAACCAGAAGAAAACACAUGGAUCUGCAGGCCUUGCCGGAAGGGUGCAUAGCCACCGUUAUCUCGCUGACCACGCCUCGAGACGCGGGCACGUUGUCCUCGGUUUCGUGGAGUUUCAGGUCGGCAGCGGAUUCCGACGCCGUCUGGGGCAGGUUCCUUCCCCCCGAUAUCCACACUAUCCUGUCAUCCUCGUCACCCUCCAUGUCCGUACAGCCGCCGCACGUGGGUCCCUCCUCCGCUUCAAAAACGAAGAAGGAGCUUUACCUCGCUCUGUGCGACAACCCAGUUCUCAUCGAACAGGGCAAGUUGAGCUUUUCACUGGACAAAUGGAGUGGGAAGAAAUGCUAUAUGAUUGCUGCAAGGGCCCUUUCCAUCGUUUGGGCCGACACUCCUCAGUACUGGAAAUGGAUUUCUAUCCCCGACUCAAGGUUUGAGGAGGUGGCAGAGCUUGUGGAUGUGUGUUGGCUUGAAAUCCAUGGCAGAAUUGAGACACGGAUGCUGUCCCCAUCCACCCUUUACAAAGCUUAUCUUGUAUUCAAGACAACUGCACAGGCUUAUGGAUUUGAGCACCGCGCUGCGGAGGUCACAGUGGGUUUAAUUGGGGAGCAGCGCACGAAUCAAAAUGUGUUUCUGGGCGCUCGGAGAGUCCAGACCCGAGGCCAGGGCUAUCACAUGGCCAGGCCUCGGGGUAUUCGCCGAACAUACAUUCUAGACCAGCCCAGGGAGAUCAAUGAGGCCCAGUACCCGAAAGAGCGCAACGACGGAUGGCUGGAGAUAGAGAUGGGGGAGUUCUUUUGUGAAGGAGGUGAAGGUGGGGAGUUGGAGAUGAGUUGCUUGGAAACAAAGGGUAGACACUGGAAGAGCGGCCUCAUUGUUCAAGGGAUUGAGAUCAGACCCAAAAGGAUGUAAGAAUCAAGUGCCGGUAGAUUACUGUCUUUUAAUUUUCAAAAUAUUAUAAUUGAGCUAAUUUCAUAUGCUAAAUGUUGCAAUUGAAGUGAGUCAUGUCAAUUUCUUAGUCAAUUGCUUCAUUUGUUGUAAUGUUUGUGUUCGAUUGAGCACAAAUCUUUGUGAUCUUUGUGUUCAAUCGCUUCAUAUGUAUAAACUUUUAGCAUAGUCUAAUAUACUGUUACAAGCAUUAUUCUUACUUUGAGCUA